GUCGGUGUCAGAAAGGCAACUUCACCAUAUUUAGCAGGCUCGCCGAAGGAGCCCAGCAGCACAGUUGAUCUGUCAACCCAGGCUGAAAAAACUUGACACUUGUCGGCGGAGACCUGACGGCGUUGACAGCUUCAUAUUCGCACCGGGAUCCGAACUACAGAGGACGACGUCGUUGUGAUGUGACGCUGAGCGCGCGACGACGAGUCCAACGGCUGUUUUUUUGACGUGAAUAAAGUAACCGUCGUCUUGUCAGGAUUCCAACUAACAGCCGAUAGCUAGCCAGAUAGCUCGUUAUUUUAGCCACUCCGACGCCCGUUUUUUCGAUAAAACGAAUUUAUGUCGCCUUUAUUCGUGUUCAUGUGUCGUAAGGUGUUCGUUUGGACUCGGUGAAUCCGCUGCUAUGAUAUCCUGACAGCUCCUGCCGUCUGUUCCUGUCACUUUUCUAAGCCUGGCUAGCAAGCUAACUUGGCUAACUAGCAGGUUUUCACUGCCAUAGAGCAACCAGUAGCUCUCUCUCUCUGUAUCUUUCUCUCUUUCUCGCCGUGGAAGUGGAAUCUUAUUGGAUAGUUUGACCGUGAGCCCAGCGACAGUGUGUGGGGGUCACUAAGGAUCCCCGACAGCACUGAAGGACCCCCCCUCCUCCCCUCUUCGACAGCCUGCAAGUAGAGGAGCUAAAGGAGACCAAGGCGCUUGGCCAUUCAGCGGUGCUGAGGCGGCGCACUGCCGGAGGAGACACCGGGUUGAACGGAGGAGGAAGAGUCCCCAAACCUUUGGCAACUGUGAUCCGGGUAGAGAACCGGGCAGGGACCUCAUGAAUGGAAAUCGGAACUACAGGUAAACUCGAAUGAACUUGCUGACAGGGGUGAUAUCAGCUGUGUCUGUCGGUUUAGGUGUGAAACAGUGUCAGAAACUCUGUCAUCCUCCUCCUUAGAUGUUGUUAUCCUGAAAAUAUUAAGAUAUAAUCAAUACAUGGAAUUAAUUGACCGGAAUCCAUCUCUUGUAAUCGUCACCUCAUGAGUACGCAUUCACGUGGUUCCUUAAUAAUCUGAAAAAUUAGUUUCCAAGUGGAAAAAUGGGUGUAGAAAUGUAAUGUUGCUCUCAAAAUGUGGAUAUUUUGAGUUCUUAUUUUGUGGAAACAUUAAACGCUGGUUUGGUCCACAUUUUUUGUUAAAACUGAACAGUUUUUGAUCAUUUGUCAGCUGCUACAUCAGCAUUUACUACAUUAGUUGAAGGACUAUUAUAAAUAUUACGACAAUGACAUAACAAAGUCGAAAGAAACAUGAGAAUUCCAAGCAUCCCGGGAGCACGUAAACGCACCGUGAACUGAAGAACCUGUCACUGAUGCUCUGCUGUUGUUUUGCCUGAAUUUGACAUGGGUUAGAGUAAAUAGAUACAAGCCCAAUAACACACCUCUUCAUUUGUGAGUAUAUUAGAUUAUAUCUUCUGUUGUAAUAAUCUUAUAAUUCUUCAUACUUAAGGGGAAAUCUUGUCUUACUGACUGUGAAGUCAUUAACAUCAUCAGCCAGGUGUGGGCUUAAUAAGCAGGUGUCGAGGUUAAUCCUGGUAUUCCCCUGUAUAGUUGUUCUCUCCCACACUCUGUGCACUUAGUUAACAGCAAUAGUAGUAAUGGUGUAAAAUAAGAUGUUGUGUGCGCUCAAAGCUUGCCACUUGAGAACCUGUGUCACAGGGUGUUUUCUGUCCCUUCAAGGACUCGGAUCUUGGUCACCCACUGACCCCUGACUGACCUCAGUAUAUUUAGCAGUGUCUCUCCCAGAGUACACAAUGGUAUACCAUUUUUUUUGGAAGUUUGCCUCUGCAUCAAUAAUGUAUUUAUGGCUGUUUUAUAAUUAAUUGGUAAUUUUCAGGAGCAUUCACAGGAUCCUUAUGUUAAUGAACCUCUGGUAUCCACAUCAGGGGCUUGUGGAGUACUGCAUGAAAUUGUCAAACCCUAUCAUGAUCAUUUAAGUACUUCUUUUUGCUCACAGCGGCAGUUUAACAGUCCAGACUGCCUGGCAUUGUCUCAGGUGUAACGGAAGCUUUCCACUUCAUGCCACUAUAAACUGAAUGCAUGGUAUCAGCCAGUGACACAUGAUACUCACCCCCCUUUUCUUAAGAGGAUCUCCCUUCCUGCUGCCUACUAUCUCAGUUACAACCUAGCCCUUCUUAGUUGGGCCCCCCUACAAGCUGAUAAAGCAUUAAGGAAAUCAAGGUGUUUUCCAAGUAAUCCAGUACCUACAGUAGGUGACAUCUGGUGUGCUCACAGGGGACACAUAUGACCAAAUAUCAUGGUGUUGCAGAAACUUUCGUUACUCCUUCACUAUUCUAGUUUGAUAAUGUGUUUUAUAUCCUUUGAAUAACACAGUGCGCUUUGGUCAUUUCAUCUUUAAAGCUAACAUGUUUCAUUGACAGACACUUCAUUGGCAGCUGUUUUGUUUAUUUAUUUUUUCUUUUUCAAAAUCCUCCAGACUCAGGAUAACCUGCAUUGUUCCAUAGGGAUGCACUGAUUGCACCCCACACAUCUGUCUCUUAUGAUCAAGCCUUCUGCAGGAGUGUUUUGAUAGAUCAGUGCCUUAUUUAAAAAAGUUUAUUGUGCCGUGAAACAAACUUUAUUUUUCCUUAGCUAGGUCAGUUUUGCCUGGAUGCUGAUGGACACAUCACAGCUUCACUGCUCACUCUUUAGCUUGUGUGCUUGUCUGUUUAUUUUUGUAAGGAAGUGAUAGGCAGAGCACUCUAUAGCAAAAACAAUUCCAGGUGUAGCCCACUGUAACUUUCAACUUCCUCAAUUAUCUCUGAACUUUGAGACACAUGCAGACCAAACCUCUGGCGUGCCUCACAUAAAGUAUGUAAUGAAGUUUGGCUGUUGCUUUUAUUUUUAAGACAGUUAUGUGUUGGCAUCUGUUUGUGCAGACAAUGACUUAUUAAGUGCAUGGUUUGUCAUACAUAUUGUUUGUGUAGGUUGACAGUCAUACCGGUAACAAACCUGUGAGUCUGAUACUGCUUGAAUGAUUAAAAGGGGUUGUCCAUCAGUCUGUCCUGAAAUGCUCAGAAACUGACUCACUCCUCUCCUUGUUAGAUUUAGGGGCAGCAGUGUGUGGCAUGGAAACCAUGGCUCUGGAGAGCUUAGCACCAGGGAUAUAAUGAGUGCCAGGCUUUGGAGCCUAGAGCAAAUCAAAUCCAUUUUGAUGUGUUAACCCCGGGGUAUGCUCGCAAACAGCUUGUCACUUCAUAUUGUCAUGACGCUAUAUUACGGCUACCUUGCAAAGCUAGAUUGUAGUCCUGAUCUUGUGGACGCCUCAUCGUCAAACACAACCUUAAAUAGAGAGAUUAAUAUUUUCUGACAUUUUGUUUUUUUUUACUUCAAUACAGAUAACUUUUGCUGGUUUCAGUGGCAGUCAGGCAGGCCUUUAAAGGAAUCAUUGACAUUUGGGAUAAUGCAUUUAUUCACUUUCUUGCUGAGAGGCAGAGGGGAGGAUCAAUACUACUCUUAUAUCUGUCCUUUUAACGAUAAGCUUCAGCAUGCAGCUGGUUAGCUUAGUUUAGCUGAAAGACCAUUAGGACCAAUGAUAAUCGGGUUUGAUUGUAUUAAAUAUCAUUGAAUGUCCAUAAAAAGCCAAUUUAUCACUGGAAUGACCCAAACAGAAGACUACCCGGACCAUGAGAAGACUACCCUCCCCAUACACACACAUACACACAUUCCAAGACUGAAUUUUAGAAAAUGACUGAAUCUUCUUUGUAUUUCAAAGAAAUGAAAACUAUUUUGACUGUUGGACAGUUGUUUAAUGUCUCAGCUGCAUUUUCAUCACUUCUCUUUGAAAAAUGUCAUGACUGUUCCUCAGGUAUCAUGUAGCUUGUCCUGCUUUUGCGCCACUUUCUCAGAUGUUCAUUUUAUAGGAAAAGAAAUUCCAUUAUUUUAUUACGGUUAAUGUGUUCAGUAGGGCCUGACCGAUAUAGAUUUUUUGGGGCCUCCACAUCUUAACUCACGUUACACAUUUCUCGAUCACGUAAUGUGUACUGUUGUUUAUUCUACCGUUACUGGCACGGCUAACAGUGUAGCAAGGCUAAUAGCAGAUGGCUAACUCUAACUUUAGCUCGCAUAUUACAUGGUGCUUCACCGUUAACUCGGCGUGACCGAGACCAGCACAGCGGGGAACAGCGCGAAGUGGGUUGAACUGAAACUGGUUGACUCUUUGUGUAUUUCACAAAUUAGUUAAUUUACCGUUGAGGCGGACCACUCUCCUCCGUGCGUCCCUGAGCUGCCUGCUUCAGAUCCGUCACUCUGCUGUGCUGUGAGGUAGUUAGUGGAUGAAGAUUGUCAUGAGGUCGCUGCGCCAUCUACAGGAUAAGUCGGGGAACUUUUCAAAUGUCUGAACAUUUUCGAAGUGAAACCGAAUCUUAUUCUCCGCAUUUUAUUUCUGAAAAUAUCGGCGAGUUUUGGCCGAUAACUGAUUAGUCUCCAAGGGGCUAAAAUUGGCCCAUUUAAUUGGCUCGCUGAUAAAUCAGUCGGACCUAGUUUAAAGAUUGAAUAGAAUAUUGUAUGGACUUCUUAUGAGUGUCUCCUACUCUGUUCAGCAUCAACCAUUAACAUGGGAUCAUCAGUUUUGAGAGGUAGCAUCAAUAAAACCCCUUGGUGGUGGUAUUAAUUCUACAGAAAAACACGAAAAACAUAAUUUGCAUAUUUCGAGGGGCUGCUUACAGGAAGAAACUGAGAUAGAAGGGGGCUUCCCAGUCUUCCACCUGUCUAGUCACACUGGGUUAGCAGGUGGGAUUUGAGUUGGCUGGAGAUGACUCACAUUCAUAUGAAAGGUUCCCCUCACACAACACAAAGGAAGAAGGGUAAUGUUCUCACUGAGGGAGUCUUAAGGUCGGCGGUACAUGAGCUGACUUUCUGCUGUUUGGCGUUGAUGUCUUACUCCAAGUCUUUCUCCCCAUUCCUUCCCACCCUCUGUUUCUCACACUCCUGGUUUUUCCCGCUCUUUUUUCGAUUCACAGACAGUCGCCACAGCUCCCCCUCUUCCCCUCCCUGGUUACGGCUUCUGUUUCCCUCUCUUAGUCUCAGUGGGAAACUCUGCCUCUCCUGUCACUCUCCUUGUAGGCUGGUUCUCUGUGGAUUUUGCACUGACAGUGGGGUCUGCUUUGAGGGAGGGCUUAGUACUUGAUUUGCAGUCUUCGCCUAUAACACUCAGUUCAUUCAGGCAGCUCAUUGACAAUGGACAACCCCCCAUCACAACCCCAGCCACCCAUAAGGCUAACCAUGUGCAUAUUGUUGUUGGUUUCUAUGGAGAAUGCAGUUUGCCGUUGCUCCUUCGGCGUGGCUCCUCAUUGUAUCACACAGAGAUUUACCCUUUAGACUGAGGAAAAUUCAAAACCCGACCUAACAACCCCUCCUCAAAAUUUAUCUUGUAUUUGCUUUUGUGUUUAGAUGAUAUAUUUUGAUAAAGAUUGGCCCAAAGUUGGCAAGUAGAGAACCAAAGAGGUAUAUUUUAGAAGAAGCGCUGUUUGAAAGUUAAAGCAGAAAUAAAAAAUCAUCUGAAGCAUUUUGAACAACAAGAAUUAUUUUGCAGCUGUGUUUAUUUUAGAAUAAAGAUUCCUGUUUCCAGACUUUCUCAGUCAGGCAAAAAAAGGUUUAGUCCCUUUGGCAUCCUUGUUUCUUUAGGUGCCAAGGUGUUUCUCGCUAGUUGUAGUUAUUCAAAAUGUGACUUUGUAAAGAAAUCUGAGAUAGCCGUGUUGUGACUAUUUUGGAUUUUGAAAUCUAGGAUUUGAAACUGUACUGGUGCAGCUUGGCACUAAAUCACCACUGGUGCGUCACUUGACCCUGAUUUUUUUGCCAUUUGGCUACAUGUUUCCUCACUGUGAAGCAAACAAAGGUUUCAGCUCAGCUUAUUUUCUGAAGCCGUGUUCAGACUCCUCUGGAUAAGAGCGGAGUGUUGCUGUGUGUUUGCAUGUUGAUGUCCCAGACUGAGAGGCCGCUUCUCUGGCUGACACAUGCUGCUGUCAUGGAGUGGGACUCACAGAAAAACUCCUGUGAGUGGGCUGGGUAGACAGAAGGAAAAGUUGAGGGAUGGUGUGUGUGUGUGUGGUUUCGGAAAGGGGGCACACAGAGGAGUGGGAGGAGAAGGAGAGGGAGGAAGGCAGGCUGUAGGUUGUGAUGUGUCACAGAGAUUAGAAGCCAGAGCAGCCAGACCACACGUCUUUUCCUCCUCCUCCUCCUCCUGGUCCUGCUUUUUCCUACCCGAGAUCUGUUUUUGGGGGGAACUGCAAGGGGCUCGUUUUUGGGGGGGAGUUACGGACAGGAAGUGUGGGAAUUGGAAAGGGAAGUUUCUGUGUUUUGUUUGGGGGCUCACUAGAGGACGGUGAAGUCUGUUUGUCAUUGGUAGAGGAAGACUGCAAUCGUCUCUUCUUUAUUUUAUCCAUCCAGAUGUGACAAUCGUUCAAAGAGAGUUUAAACCGACAGCUUCUCCCAUGUAAAGGGAUAAUAAGUGAUGCUCCUCCACAGAAAUCUGUAGUAUCUUUCUAUUGACUUACAUUGUUCUCUGCGUAUUGUUACAAAACUGUUGCUGUGUUUUACUGCUGUAUUUUUUGGGGUCAGAGUUUUAACAGGAACAAACAGAAACCAGAUGGAAACAUUUUUAGGGGCCAGUGAGUGAGUGAGCGAAUGGCUGCCUCUUUGCCAAAAUACAAGUGCCUCCAAUGAGCACAUCAUUCAGUUUUGUCAAUAUCGAAUUUCUUGCCUGACAAGAAGUGGUACAAUCCUCCUGUGAUGUUUAAAGCAAAAGAAAAGACAAACUGUGUACUGCAAACUUUUAAGUUCAGAUUGAUUUAGACUUUUUUGUAUGUGCCUGUAACAAAAAAAAAACGCAAUGGGAAAAAAAUGAGAGAUUAGCUGAAGCCUAAGGAAGAGCUAUUUUUGAGAUGAUUUGGAAAUAGCUGCUAGGGAAGAGGACUACACAAAGACACAGGGAUGUUGUCUGUGAAGAAUAGAAAGCUUUUUGAGUUUUUGAUCAUUCUAACCCUCAAUUUCCACUGCAUCUGUAAUGGCUACGAAAAGCUGAUCGUAACCAUUCAAGUUAAUGUGUCAAUCUCCACUGGUUUCUUUCCAUUCUGCUGACUCUGCAGCUGAUUGCAAGAGUUCUGUUUUUUCCGGAAGUGAGAGGGUCCUUCAUUUCGUCGGGUUGGUGACUGAGAUUUAAGCAACAAAUGCUGCAAAACUUGUUCGUUGGUUGGCAAAGUUUCCAAAGUGAGAUUCAAGUGUGUUGGAGUAAUCCCAAAGUGAGACUACGGUGUACGCUGCUCUAAAUGGUCCGUUCAAAAAGUCACAUGAAAAGGACACUAGAGAGCCACGAGACUUGAUCAGUUUGUGACAUCACUGGUUGGUAAAUCUUGUAGAAAAUUGUAAUGCCUAAAAAAUUCUGCUCUUGUUGUUGUUGUUGUGGGGAAUAUUCUAGAUGUCUGUUCAGAUUCAGUGUUCAAAACAUAAAGCUAUAUUUUAUAAUAUGGUAUUUCAACUAAAAAAAUACGCCACUAAACUCAAUAACCAAGACUUUGAAGCAUGGCAGCUGUGGAGAAGGCUUCUGGAGAACUGGCCAGUCUGGGAAAGGAGAGUCUUAUAGAGACGGUUGCUAAAAUGAAGAGCUACAGACAGAAGCUGAAAUGAUGAUUAGGGACUGACUGAACUAAUCAGUCUGUUUGUAUUGCCAGUAUUUUGCUCAUUCACAGCCCUAACAAAUUGUGACACUACACAAAGAUUGCCUCUUUAGGGCGAUGCCAUGGCAGUUGCAGCAGUGAGUUAAGCCCAUUAUCUUGUUUUGGUUCAAAUUAAUUUAUUAGGGCGCAUGUAAACUCUCAGAGUGACAGUCAUCCUGCCCAAGUCAACAUUAUAAGUCAACAACCCUCUGGCCCCCGUCCACUGUUCCACUGGCAACACUGUAAGAACAGAAGGCCCCAUUUAACCUGCUUAAGUAGAAUCUCUAAGUCAGUCUAACAGAGUCAGGACUUUGUAUGUGUGUGUGUGAGCGUAUAUGUGUUUACCCAUCCAUCACUUCCCUGUCAGGCCUUCCAUAAUGCCACCAAGUCAAAAGUAGCUUCUCACCACGGCUGAUUCCGAACCCCCACCUCACUCUCCGCUCACCCCUCUGCGGCGGCUGCUGCUGCUGAAAAUAUUUCUCUGUCAUGAACUCUAUCUCGCUCUCAUCCUGCACUCUGUCACUGUGCCUCAGGUUUGUCCUGAGGGGGAUUUCAGCAUUUUUACAUGUUGUUGUGACUGACCAGGCUCUCAUCAGCCUGUCAGCAUGCGGCUGCCUGCCGGUGUUUAUCUUAGGCGGAGAGUGGCAUCGGCUCCCAUGGGUUCUAUGUACAAUACCCUUAAGGUUGUGAUGAGGAUCGGAAAGGCAGAGUCUGAAUCAGUGUGAUGUGUGUCAAUCCCUGCGCGCCAACUACCAAUCACUCUCUGUAAGUCCGUAUGUGUGGGUGAGUGUGUGUUUCUACGUUCUGCCUGCUGUGACUGACGCCAUUGUGCCUCGCUGCUGAGCACUCGCCCUGUUCCCACAGCUCAGGCCUCUCUGGAUUAGAAACACAACAGCUGUAUUGUGUGUGUGUGUGUGUGUGCGUGCUGGUGUGUGGGCCUGUGUAUGCGUGGGCACUCGUUAGCGGCGCGUACAUUUGUGUACUCGAGAGGUGGAGGGGGGGUUGUGGCUGUGAAGGUUAGCACUGGAGACUGUAUGUCAGGGCUGCUUCUCACUAUCCAGUAACUCUGGCUCCCAGCCCAAUGUGUGCAGUGUGACUGCGCUGGGUUAGAAAGCAGCAGAGGGGAAUGAGUUCACGUGUGCUGAGAAAUUCCAGCAAGAUAUUCAUAGACUCAGAGAGGCAUCACAGUUGUUGGUGCGCUGCUGUGCAGUAUUGAUCUGAUGUUUCUAUUCUAUAAAAAGCAUCGCCAUAUAACGGAGGUUAUUUACUCGCUCAGUUGCAUCAAUCAGCUUUGUUUACAACAUUAGGUCAUAAAACUGUUGAGCAUGUUUGCCAAAAAUUUCUUUCUGGAUAUAUUACCACCACCAAAGAAACAUUUUUGACGUACUGAUUUGGCCUGAAUAUCAGACAACCCUGGCUGUAAGACAACCUCCCUUUUUAAAGACAGAUUUCUAGACAAAGAGAGCUUCUUUUCAAGUCAGAAUCUUUAAGAGAAGACAGCUGCUAACUCAAAAAUGUCAUCACAAUGACAUGAUUUUUAUCAGUUUUUUUCUCUAAGUCAAAUUCUAUCAAAUGAAAAUGAAUAUUAAAGACAAAAAUUUAUUGUAAAACAUUGAAAAGACAGUAAGGGGAGCAGAGGUGCUGCUGGACAACUGUCUUAACUGAGCAACAGGGGGUGCACAAUUAUGACCAUAAAGAUAAUCACAAAAAGUUUGUUCAGUAUUAAUGCUGUGUUUGAGUUACCUCAGAAGUCAAGUGCUGGAGCUCAAAAUGACUUCACACCGGAGUUACCAGCGUUUCUGUUACCAAGUUGAAAAUGGCAAAAUCAGAGGUGGAAACAAGAUGGCUACAUCUACGAAAGGUUUUUAACACUUGCUUUGUCCUUGUUAUAUUCGGACAAGGCAUGCACUAAAAUAACUUUUGUAGAUGUUGCCACCUUGUUUCCGCCUCUGAUUUUGCCAUUUUUCAACUUGGUAACUGAAACGCUGCUAACUCCGGUGUGAAGUCAUUUUCAGCUCCGACAUCUGACUUCUGAGGUAACUCGAACGCAGCAUAAGAUCACUGUAAUUAUGUCAGUUUUUCACGAAAUGUUAACCCCUUUGUACUGUUAAUAGUUAUUAGAAAUCAUCUGUAUUUCUUGUCUGUCUGGAAGUGAUUGGACAGACUUACAGCCAGUCAGAUUAACACAUGGAGUGUGACGUAGCCCACAGCAGUGGAAAAUGAAAGCUUGAUGCAGAAGAAAGACACACCUUUAGUUCUUGUUUAACAAAAAUACAUCGUCAGCCUCGUUAAAAGUGAAAUGCAAAAAUAAAUGAACCAUAGUUAGGCAAUGCUGGGCUGUUGAAUCAUAUCAAAGCUUUCCUUUUAUGAGGACUUUGAGGUAGUUUUGCUUAGUUUUUGUCUUUGUCUUUUUAUGGCAAAACUUAGGUUAAUAACUUGUUGUGAAUAUCUCAUAAUGAUGUGGACCUGUGGGAUACUUAGUGCCACGCUGUCGUUCACUCAUUGACAUUUGUCCUCAGUGCUCACAGUGUCCCUCUGCUGCGGAUCAGCUGUCCUCAUAAAUGGACUCGGUAGUUAACUUCUUCGACUGUGAUUGCUAAACAACACACAAAGCAGACACUUAAAAAAGAGGUGGGAUGUGGAGCUUCUGUCUGUCAUGUGUAGGUUGAGUGUGUGUGUGGAGAAAAGAACGUUUAGUAAAAUCAGCUGGAGAGUAUCCAAUCAAAGCACAUUAAAGAGAGUCAUUUAUUCCCUAUAGUAUCGUCUGUCAAUGACCAGACACACAUUUUAAAUGUCAAUAACUGCUGUCAAUCAUAUUUUUUGAUUAUGGAAAGGUCAAAAUUGUGAUUUCAAUCAAAAUUCGUUUAACAGUGAAGGCAGGUGAGAGGCUUCCUGACAGUGAAGUUGUGGGUGCUGUCAGCCCAAAAAGCCACUAGUGGACACAGGCCAAAUGGUUUUAAAAGCACUUGUGAAAUUAGCUUUAAUAUGGCAAUUUUGCUAGAACUGCAUGUCAAUCAAAAUGAGCACAUUCAUCAAAAAAAGCUUGCAAUAAACACUUAGAGGCUGAACAGGGUCAUAACAACACUAAAAUGAGAGUUCUCCCUGCCUUGACUGUUUUGCGUAGUGUCUGAGUAUCCCAUCUAUGCUUGAAGAUUGAUAUUUGAUUGAAUGACUAAUUUGCCAGCAGCUCUUCACAUAGCCAACUGACCGGUGCAAAACUGAUCUGCCAACAGAAAGUGGUAAAAUAUGUCCCGAAGUGGGGUUGCCAGCUAGAGGCACAAGCGACUCACAAAAUCAGCUCAGUGCACAAACAGCAAACUGAUGCUGUGUGCUCAGCCAAAAAAAUUGGCAAAAAUACGAGCGUUGAGAGCCUACUGGGCACACUGUUGGAAAACAAGAAAGUGAAAUAUUUUGCAGGGCUUGAAGGAAUAGUUUGAGAAGUUUUCUGUGGAUGUUUUUCAUAAUGACUUUCUCCCAUCAAGCUGUGUUUCUUUUAGAAAACAAAGCGCUGUAGUAAGAUUGAAACUGACUGCAGUAUCUGCCUCCUAAAAAGAAGUUUGAAUCAUUUUCAGAUAUUAUAUCAUCGGCUCUGCUUGAAGGGUACUUGGCAAAGUAAUAAGGACGCUGUAGUUUUAGGCAGUAAGCGAGGAACAUGAGUAACAAUUAACUUCAAAUUUAUACAUAGCUUCACCUUUGGUUGUGAGUUAUAUACACAAGUGAUAAUUCCUUACAGUCCUCGAGGCCGGAGAGUUAUUUUCAGAAGCAUCUGCGGUAGUUAAUUUUUUGGAAGUAAAUGAGAUUCAACUUAAGUAUUUAAUUUGAGUUAAAGAAAGUCUGAGGGCAGCUGUUGGAGACAGACUCUGAAACAGGUUUUUGCAUAUCUCAAUUAAACUACAGCUUGUUAAAUAAUAAUAAUAAGCCAGCACCAGACCUUCAUUGUAGACUUGUUUCACAGAAAGGGUCAAGGCUCGGGUGUUGAUUUCUAAUCCACAGGGUGUCACAGAAGUGCUGCGUUUUUUAAUGAAAUAGUCUAAUAUACUUUGAGGUUUCAUUCCUCCUUCACUUUAUUUGUCGGUCUGAACGUACGAGCACAGAAAAUGAGAGUCAUACUAAUAGACACAGGGGGAGGAUUACAUCUACUUUCUUCUGUUUGUUAGAACAUGUCCUUCCUGUAAUUAUCUGAAAGUGGGCGCACACACACACACGCAUUCACUGCUGCAGAGGGAGGUUUCCUUGAACCCUUACACUGGCUGCACAGAGAGUAAAUAAGCCUUUGAUGUGUCAGCGUAGACUCAGAGUUGAGUUUCACUAUUUUGUUUGAAGCGACUACAACACCGAGGUUGUUGAAUCCUUGACAUGUUCUUGAGCGGUAUUCUGUGUCCGCUCUUGAAAAAUUUGCGUUUUCCUGUAAACUCCACGUACGUAUCUUUUGUGUGUAAGCGGUUGUACAACUUCCCACGCACCUAACAAGCUCGGAGAAUGGGCUUUUUGACAUUCAAGGUCUUAGUCGUUACAUAACCAUAACACUGCUCAUAUGUCUUGAACAUUCAGUUUUCAGUCAUUACAAUGGCUGUCUUUUGAAUCCCCAUCACUGAUGAAUCGCUACUGCACAAAAAUACCUCAAUCUGUAGAAAAAGCCGAGUUAUUUUUCUCUGUUCCCAGCCUGACGGUUAAAGCUCCCCGUCUGACCCUCCUGCCCGCGGACAAGCACGUUUGUUUUGUCUGUUUGUGGAGGGAACAGAGCCGCACAGUUUCCAAGAAAGGCAGAUAGGAGGGAGAGGAAUCUGAUGUGUUGCCGAAUGAUCAGGAACAGGUUGACUCUCCGGAGCUUUUAAAAGCUGCAAAACAUGUGUGUGACAGGCCUUGUGGUUGAUUUUCAACAUCACAGCAUGUUACCGAGCAUGUGUGAAAGGUUUUGAGAUCCAUUCGCAAGCUGCAAUUGAUGUGAAGCGAAAAUUGUCACUUUUUUGCCGCUGUACGCCGGGUUAACAGAAAUCUGUGACAACUCUUUUUGCUUUUUCUGACUAAGUUGUUUUCCCUUUUUUAAAAACCCAAUUUAAGCAACUCUAACUUUUUAACUUCUCUGUAAAUGCUAACUUUGUGUUCAUUGACUGGUGGUGAACAAAUAAAGAUACAGUUAUACUCUAUAUAAACCAACAUCAUAAAUGUCUUAUAAAACAUUCCUGAAAGCGACAGAACCACCCAGAGGCCUGUUAUCAUUGCAGACAGCCAAAGAAUGCAGGGGCAAGCCAGCCAAAUAUCAGCCCAGUGUUUUUGAUUGGAUCUAAAUCACUUGUUUGUUUUGAUGCCUGUUUGCAUCCUAGCAGAUUCCCAAUGGUCAAAAGUCAUAACUGGCUGCGGUGGUGGUGGGAUAGUCUGCGGGAUCAGGCAGAUAUAUUUUUAUUUCUGUAUUUUUUGAAGGUGUUGCCUUUAGAGAUUAUGCUCUGUUAGGUCCAAUUUGUGUAAAUGUGGUUAUUAGUUGCAGCUUGUUGGUGUGUUUACAACAAGUGUCUGUGUUUGUGCAACAUGACGUCAGUCACACACACCUACAUUUACACCUUUUUGCCAGCAUCUCUGUGCAACAGAGGACUUGGAUUCUGUAUGUGGGUAAAAAACUGACAAGUGAGUGGGUGGAAUACCUGCGGUGCAUCCCUGUUAAACUAUUAGGCGAUGUCUUGUAUUCUGUUUCUACUGAAUCCAGCCGCUUGCAUCGACUAAAAGAUGCUUUACUAUGAGUUCCUCUACCCCUGGUGGCUCUGUGACUCAUGCUGCAUGGAUGCCAGCUCCAAGAGGCAGAUGAAAGCCGGAAAACACCAACUUUGCCCACUCUUUAAUCCAGCCACUCCCAGCUAUCCCCCUCCUACUCGCAGACUCCAGCCAGACCACUAUAGGGCAGGGAAAAGUGCUCAAAGUAACAGGAGACCCUCUUUAAGUUUGAUUGAUUUCUGAGUGAAUCGGGACAGAUCUCAAUCUGUGGCAGACAAGCUUAUUCCUGUUGGCUUAAUGAAGAUUUAGUACCGGGAUAUCUGUCUUCCCUCCUUUAGUCGCUCUUGUGUGUGAAAUCGGGCUUACCUCCUAUUUCACCGAGGGCCUCAAAGGAAUUACCAUAACAAAAGUUUGUGUGCACAUAGUUUUGUGUGAGAGGGACAGCCGUGGCAGGAAUUCCAGACUUUCCUCUCUUUUUUUCUUCAUUUCAUCCCAGCAGGCUUUUUCAAACAUGAGGCCUUCACCCUUCAUCAGCCCUGUUAGCCUCCGCUACACAGCCCACCCAAAGGAGGAACUGAAAGGAGAGCCAGGGCAGAAAGCACAUACGACCAGAGCCCGCCUGUAAACAAACAGCGCUGCUCAUGUUGUCUGCAGUUACCUCACAGAAGGUUUCUGUUCUGUUGUCGGGAUGUUUUUAUAAAAUUUCCCCUCAGCUGGGCCCUCAACCCUAACAUCACCCACUCAUGUGAGCGAAUGAGUCAAAUCGGAGAUGAAUCACUCUCGACUGUCUUUCAUUUAUCGAUGACACAUUUUGGGCAGGUUUUUUUCGUCUUUGGGUAAAAACUGAGAGUACUGCGGACGCAAAAUCAAACUGUUAAAUAAUACUGAAACAAUCAAACGUCACGGGCGUUGGAGGGGGUAUAAACAAAGUAACACUUUCCAGGCAAAUGAAUGAGUCUCAUCUAUGUUAAGUUUCUAUUGUAUAACAAUACGAAACACUUACAUUGCAAGUGUAAUGCAAACAUUGUGUUGGCAUGCCUGCUAAGUCAUUUGUUUUGUCAAGUGUGAUGUGGAAGGCAAGCCUAAGCAGACCCAGAAAUAGCACGGAUAUGAGUGUGACACAUAAGCUGAACAGAACUCUGUGUUUCAGGAUCAAAGUGACUCAUGUUUAAGACAUCUCAUGGUCUUUUUGUGAGAGUGUGUGUGCAUUUUCCUGUGCUGUAGUAAGUAGAUUUUCAAACUCAUGUUUGGCCGUGAUCGGUGAUUAUUUUCAUUAAUGCUGCGCGUAUUAGUCUACUGGAGUAUAGUACAGAAAGUGUGUGCAGCAGUUACAUGGAUUAAAUUAUAUUGCUGUGAGUUCUUCUCAACGAUGCUCAAGCAGUAUGAAGAAAAAUUAUGAAUUUUAAUGGAGAUUACCAUGUGACAUGGGGAUGUGUUAUGUUCCAGUAUUUUUUUUGUAUCUCUUGAAGAACUUACUUUCAUUUGUGAAGAGGCCCGACUGAUACAAAUAUUUUCGGGCUGAUGCCGAUACCGAUUAUUAGGGGGGUCCGAUUACCGAUUAAUUGGCAGAUUUUUUGAAAUUUUUAUGAAGUUAUAAAAUAUAUAUAUAUGUACUUCAGAUAUCUACAGUAAAUAUCUACGGGUCUUCCUAUCUGCCGACAUGAAGACUGACUGAUCAAACUCAGACCAUAUUUUAGGCGAUAUUUCUGAAAAUAUUGGCAAAAAUCACCGAGUUUUGGCUGAUUGCCGAUUAGUCUCAAACGAUCAGGCCCUAUUUGUAACCCAAGUUAUUUUCCUUAUUUAAAGAUUCAUAAAAAAUGUAUCAUCCAUAUUAGAUCGUUUUUUGUUGUUGUUUGUUUCGUUUUGUUUUUUUAACCUGAAAAAUUACCUUUUUUUAUUUGUUCUGUUAUAAUAAUUACAGAUGACUGGACUGAAGUCUACACGUUCACUCUGGCAAAAUUUAAACCAUCAAAAUUCAUUCAAGAACCAACAACAGCAACAGCUAGGGCUGGGCGAUAAACCAAAAAUUUAAAAUAACAGACAUCAUUUUGCCCAUGUCAAUAUAUUCGGGGUAAAAAAAUAAAGAAAUAAAAGUUGGUUUUGGAUGUGUGUAGGUAGGCUAUGGUCUCAUGUCCCUUUAAGACGCUGUCCUACGUUGGAGACAUGACUCCACCCCAUCCAGUCUGUAACAAAGAGGAAAAGACAGGUGAGGAGAUGGAGGACAGUUCAAAAGUUGUAUUGGGAGGGGGUUAGCAGCUUGUGGAGUAGUUAUCGUCCAUUUAUCGUUGUCAAGAUGAACUGCUCAAUCUAUUGUGAUUUGAGGUCAUAUCGCCCAGCCCUAACAACAGCAUACUGUUUGCAUUAUGUAUCACCUUCUUUAUCACUUAAAAGUCAACAGUAGGAGUUUCAUGUUUAUACCCUCACAAAUGUUUCAUUCUGAGAUCAAAAUUGGAGCUCUAAUUACCAAGAAGUGUGACUGUGGUUUCACAGAGAGUUCAGUGGGCGUAUCGUACUGAGUUGAAAAAUUUGUUGUUAUUUUCUUUGGAGUUUCCCUCACACAGCACCUCAACUAGAUAUUUGGAAUUUCACUGUUAAUGGUUGUUUCCAUCAACAAGAACUUAAAGCUUGUUAAAGUUUAUGUACUUAACCUACCAGAAGUACUGACAAACAGUGACAGGGUAGUUCAGAGAGAGCGGUGUGUUUCUCUUUAAGAAUUUCAGACUUUGUUUAAUGUCUUUGUUUGUCUUUAAACACCACUUACUAAUAUGAGUCUUUUUUAUGGUGAUUUGUCCCUCUUUCAUAUUAAUCAUUGAGAUAUGUAAAUUGAAUCAGAAUGAAUAUCCCCAAAUCAGCUACUGAAUUGCUGUGAAAUAAUUAAAUUUUGUAGAGUAGGAAUGGUAGAUUAAUCAGAUUAAUCCAAUUAUGCGUAACUUGGGUUAAAAAGUGAUGUGUUGUUUAUUAAAUCUAUAACCCAGCAGAGCUCAUUCACUGUUUGCUGCAGAAUGACCUUGUACCUGUGGCGAUGUAGGAUUACAAAUAUUUAAAAAAUGUGUUUUUCUAUAUCAUGUUAUGCAACAUACUAAUGACUGACUGUAUCUAUUGUGAAUCAGCUCCACUUCCAUCACACAGUAAGUGCACUUGCAGCUUUUUUCUCUUUUCACACACAGCAGCGCCCCACUCAUCCUCCUGCCAAUUUACUCCUCUGAUCUUUUGACAUAAUUAAUCAGCAAAUACAUUUAAUUUAGAUGUCCAAUAACACAAUACGCAUUUUUAAAGGUUAUAGCCAUUAUCACAUUAGAUGAUCCGAACAUGGGCAAAGCUUGUCAAUGGCGUGGCUCUUCCAAUGAUCCAAAUCUAAGAAAAGUGCAGACGACAUCAGCAAGGACCAGUUGCACAUGACUUAUAAGACAGCAGUCUGAGAAUUUUCAUAUUUAACGUGAAACAUCACAUCUCAAGACUGUUGAAUCUGUCAGUCCCCCUCUGAUUACUUCAGGGGCAUGUGACAGAUGCAGCAGGUUAGUGCUGCAGAGCAGAGAUUGUUUUUUUUUUUUUGAGAUUGUGUUUUGGGGUUUUCUGCUUUUAUUUGGAGAGGACAGGACAGUAAACAAAGUAGAAAGCAGGGAGAGAGACACACAGGAAAGGAGCCACAAGCUGGAAGCAAACCUCAGCCAGCAGCUUGAGGGAGAACUUCAGAGAUCGAUUAGUAUCUUGAUAGAAAAUGGUGAUCUUAAAUGAAUACAUAAAAAAAGAAAAAUGUAAAAAUGCUUUGCAAAUAUAAAUAUGGGUGAAAAACAUGUUUCAGCUCCCUACUCAAGUAUCUUCUAACACUGGCAUUAGUGUGCUGAUGGAUCAGCUGGGCCUUACAUACAUUGUUUAGUAUUAAAUAACUUCUGCACCAAGUUCUCCUCUCUCCCUCCGAUAUUUACCCUCCUCUUUUUGUUCUUCCCUCAGCAGCCGUUGGGGCUCAGUCCCUGUUCGCCAUGCCUCGGCGGCCUGGCUAUGGCACCAUGGGGAAGCCCAUCAAGCUGCUGGCCAACUGCUUUCAGGUGGAGAUCCCCAAGAUGGAUGUCUACCUGUACGAGGUCGACAUCAAGCCUGACAAGUGUCCACGGCGGGUCAACAGGUGGGCUACGACCUCAGAGUGACAUCAUUACAACUUCAUCUGACUUCUGCUGAAGUAUUAAAAGCCGUUGAACAGACAAAUUGAAGAUACAUUGAGAUCUUACUCCUACAGUUUAGUGGUAUUAAUAUUUUAACAGCAGUUUUUUAACAGCAAACUGUCUGUGUGUGUUUGUUGUGCAGGGAGGUGGUUGACUCGAUGGUGCAGCACUUUAAGGUGACCAUCUUCGGGGAUCGCAGGCCAGUCUACGAUGGAAAGAGGAGCCUGUACACAGCUAACCCACUACCUGUGGCACCUGCAGGGGUGAGCGCAGAAAAAUAACACGUUAUCCAUAUUGUGCAUUCAAACUAAAGCUGUAAAACAAACUGUUAAGACGGUGCAGUCAGUUUUUGGGGUCUUCCUAGAGGGUGAGGGGGUUAAACUGUGUUCCUGAGUGUGCAGCUGUGAAGCUCUUUCUAGUGCUGUAAAUUGGUGCGAUCCUGCUGUCUGCUAGUCUGGUAUUUGAGCUCAGUAGAGGUAGCAUUUGUAGUCAUGUGGUGCAGGUAGACUGUGCAAGUAAAUUAGCUGAAGCAUUAGUGGGAUUGACCCACCGGUUUGAGACCAAGCUGCCCUGGCUGACUUCAUGAAUAGACUGGUCAUCUGUUGUCUUGAAUUGAAACAUGAAACUUAAAUUCAUUCUGCCCUCAGCUAACCGUUUUGUUUGUUUGCUUGUUUUUCUCUCAGGUGGACUUAGAUGUCACUCUGCCUGGGGAGGGAGGGAAAGAUCGGCCCUUCAAAGUUUCCAUCAAGUUCGUGUCUCUGGUCAGCUGGCACAUGCUCCACGAGGUGCUGACGGGCCGCAGCAUGCCUGAGCCGCUGGAGCUGGACAAACCCAUCAGCACCAACCCUGUGCACGCAGUGGAUGUAGUUCUGCGUCACCUGCCCUCCAUGAAGUGAGCCGCUGAUAGUUUUAUUUAUCCUUUUUUUGUUUUAUUUUUAAUGUGGAUGGCAUUUGUGGAUCACAGCCAGAAGCAAAAGUAGGCCUGUGGUUACAGUAAAAUGAUCAUAUGAUGACCAUAGAUCAAUGAUACCUUAAAAAAAUAACACCCCGCAGUCAGCAAACACAGACAAAGUCGGAGAAAACAUGAUCCCCUUGAUACUCAUAGUAAAUACUAUAUAUUUGUUUUGUCAUAGUAGCACUGCUAUCAGCACUCCGAUCCAAACGGAAAUCAAACACAGCUUAUGUGGACCUCAUAUCUUGUUGAGCUCAAUAUCACUUUCUUGAGCCCUAGCAAGAGCCAAAUCGAACACAAUCUUAGUGGUUCUUAAUGAAAAUCCAUCCCAGGCCUUAUUAAAAAGGAGUUACAUCGACACCUUUCAUUUAGCUGUGUUUGGCAUCUUGACACUUUUGUCAGCGCCGAAAUCCCCAGGAAAAAUGAAUCCUGCGCGCGGUUCUUGAUGUGACUCCGUGGCAGAGUAAUAAAAGGCAGAUGGGUCCAGGCAGUGUCACCUCCCCCUUGUUUUGCCACAGUAGUUUCAGGCAGUGAUGAAAAGCAGAUUAAUGUGACUCAGUAUGAACAUUAAUUGACCCACAUUCUAAACUCAGGAUGAUUUCCUGUCCAAAACUCUUGCAGCCUUUCUUAUCUGUCUCUUCAUCAUAUUGUAUUCGACUUGUUUAUUUCUCAAGAAUAACACUUUCUUUUCUCUCUCUAGGUACACUCCAGUUGGACGCUCCUUCUUCUCAGCUCCAGAGGGAUAUGAUCAUCCCCUUGGAGGUGGGAGAGAGGUUUGGUUCGGCUUUCAUCAAUCUGUGCGCCCUGCCAUGUGGAAGAUGAUGCUAAACAUUGACGGUGAGCACUAAACCCCACUUUGCAUAUAGUUUGCAUCGAAGGUAAAUCAGGGCGACAAUGAGACCUAAUCUGUAAUGACAGCUGUUUUUUUUGGCUGACUCCUUUGAGCCACUGACUGUAUAAAAGGCAUUCUGUGGCCAAGAAAUGACGGUCAUUGUAUCAGAAAUGCUGACUCCAGCUAAAUUCUGACUUGUCUUAAAGGUAGCCAAGAGGUGGAGUCGGGGCUUUAACCUGGCUGUGUGACAAACGACUACAAUACCUCUGUCUGCCAGUCAAAUCAGCCACACCUCAAUCAUGCACUCCACUCAGAGACGGCCUCUCUCAAAGGAAGAAUGCAUAACGCUUAACUCUUAGCCUCAGGGUAACCAAAACAAAUGAGCCGUGAAAGAAAACAUGACCCUGUUUAGUUUCAAGUAAUGAAGGAUUGCGCUGUUAAGACCAAUAAAGUUAUUUAAACAGUCUUUAAAGGUGAUCAGUUCUGCUUUUAUUAGGAGCUGCAGUAGGGGUGGGAGAAAUAAUCGAUUCACAUAAGUAUCGCAGUUUUUUGUUUUGCAAUUUUUUAAUCAGAUUUUCUUGUUCAAAAAUCGAUUAUUAUGAUUUUGUUCUUUAAAUUUAAGAAUAAAGGUCCUUACAAUUAAAAAAAAAUGUUGACGUCCAAAAUAAUCGCAUGAAAAAAACGCUCCCGGUGUGAAAGGACCUUUAAUCUUAAAAACUGACUUACACAUGAUAUGUAUUUUUUUGGGAAAUAUGGUUCCUGGAAUAGUCAGUAGACAAUCAGGAUCACUCAACUGUUUCACUGGUGUUAAAUAUGCAGACUAAAACUCGAGAAAAUCGACGAUAUCGUAGAAUCGCAAUUUAAAUCGAAUCGGCAUCCAAAAAAAUUGUUGAAGAAUCAAAUCGGGAGAAAAGCAUAUUGUCCCAGCCCUAAGCUGCAGUGAUGUUUCCUAUGCUUUUAAAGCCAGCCUCUAGUGGACACUUGAAAAACUGCAGUUUUCCGCAUUUCUGUGUCAGCUUUAGAUUAUUUUUAUCUAUUUCAGUCUUCGCUUGAAAACAAGAAGAACCAUUCCUAUGUUGUUCUCUGUCGUUUCACAGAGGAAAUGGGGUUUUAAUAAUUAAACACAUGACAUGGAGCCUCCAUGAUACCGCUAUUUUUAGUGGUGAAUGAUUGAUUCCCUCCUGCUGAUUUUAAGAUUAAAGAAACAUAGCAUUGGUAGUAAACUGAAAUAUUCUGGGGUAUUGAGCUGUUAAAAAAGCUCAGAGAUCAUUUUCUUCUGAAGCUUUAAGCUUUACAUAGUGACGGCAUUGCUUCCUAUCUGGUAUCAUUUUUUUUAGUGUUGAUCAGUGGUUCAAAAUGAAGUCCACCCAUGAAGUCCCCAUCAGUUUUCUUCUACCAAAAGAGAAGAACUGCGUUAAGACCAGGUUUCAGUGUGUUUGUAUUUGUAGAGAGCCAGCAGCAGCAGAGAGGGUGAUGGAGAAUGUGUUUGGCCAUAUGCACUCUGCAGGAAUUUGAAGGAAACCGAGGGACUUGGAGGAAGGUGGCUUUUUGGCUGGACGGGAGAUGACUAGUUGGUUGCUGUGGAGACAGAGACCAGCUAGUGUGUGUGUGUGUGUGUGUGUGUGUGUGUGUGUGUGUGUGUGUGUGUGUGUGUGUGUGUGUGUGUGUGUGUGUGUGUGUGUGUGUGUGUGUGUGUGGUUGUGCCUUUAGGAGUGAGACUGGUGGGUGUUGCUGGGUCAGGAGGGUAGCUGUGUGGAGUAUUUCCUUGAGACAGCUUUUGUUUUUCUCCAAGUGCUUGAAGUUUUCAGUCUGGAUUUGAAAGGUUUCCCUCUCUCCUCUCACUCUUUCGCUCUUUUGUCUCGUUUUCCCGCCCUGUCAUCCUGGGAAAUCAACUGGUCGCCUCAGGUCUCUUGUUUGCUCUCUAGAAACAAACUAGCAUUUGUUUUCUCACUUGUGUGCCACUGUGUAUUAAGGCACAACACAGAGUAUAUUUAGAUGGCUGUGGGGCAGAAGGCUUCCCAAGCUCAGUAUCAUCGGUGAUUAGCUGUGCAUAAAUAAAAUAACCACAAGAAUCAAAUGUAAGCGGAGACAUGAGUUCUUUGAAUUCAACUUUGCAUAAAUGACUCAUAAACAAUUCCAAGUACUCAGAAGCUACGCUGCACAAAAGUUACACUGCAGUGCGUAGGCAAAACAAUCAGGAGUGAUAUCACUUCCUGACGGUGGUGAAAGACUCGUAGGUUGUAAAAAAGAAAAAAAAAAAAGAUGUUUUUUUUGUCUGCUGCAGACAUCAGCCACCUCAUCCAGUAUUACCCGUCACUGUGUGCUCAUCUCUGCUUUCAUCAAACGCACCGGCAGAGAAAGGUUGCUUACAUCACAUCAGCUGAGGCCGAUUUUCUGUCAUCAACUUCCUCAGAAGCACCCUCUCUCUCUCUUUCUCUCUCCAUCUCUUCAUGGCCAUUUUUGGAUUGCGUCUGAUCUAACUUGGAGUUUUGUCAUACUUGUCCUUUUCCUUUUUUACCCCUGUAUUUUAAUUUCCCUCUGAUGUUGCCUCUCUCUGCCGUAUCACUGACGAUGUUUCAAUCUCUCACUGCCUCAGACUUUCCAUUUGUUUAAAACAAGCAUGAUAUCAGAACAAAGGGGAACUUUGUGCUGCUCGAGUUCCACUUCCUGUGUUCAGUGAGCGAUCCUGAUACAUCACAUUUUGCAGAGAGUGUCGGAUGCACCCUCCGUAAUGUAAAGUAGUAUCACAUUUAGCAGAUACUCUGUGAUCAGCCUUGACAGAAGCAUCAUAAGAGCUACAGUGCACAUUAAAGAAUGCACAAUCCCCCUCUGUGUUCGAGUUCAUUGAAUAUUCAUGCUUUGUGUUUGUUACUUUAAAGCUGUUUUACAGUUUAUUAUGAUUAUGAGAGCAUUACAAAGUGAAUACCAUUUCUUUAGAGUUGUCACUAAACGUCUUUGAUAGAUUACCUUUUGAGAUUUUUGACAAAAAAUUUCCCCAAUGGGGGAUCAAUAAAGAAUAUUCUAUUCUAUUCUAUUCUAUUACCUGAUACUGUAGCAGAGAAAGUAGCUGUAGAAAAAAAGGAUGAAGGAUUAUGUGACGUUUUACCUGUUUCCAUUAUGUGAAGAGUUCUGGUUUAAAGCCAUAUAACUCUUAACAGCAUAUUUGGAAUGACAGUAAUUUUUUAAAAGAAGGAAAGAUAUGAGAGACCAUGUUUUUUUUCCUCACUUUUUAGUGUUUGUAAUGAAUCCAGGUCAAUCUUAAAGCAAAAACAAGAUGACGUUGCUUUCUCUUUCUCUUUCUCUUUCUCUUUCUUUUGCUCAUCUGUGUCUAAACUGGUCUCUGAGUCUCUGUUUGUAAAAGCUGCAAAGAGACAAAAUGAUAAAUGCGCUAAAAGAUACAUUCUGAAAAAAGUCUGGCAUCUUUCCAUAGGGGUGUGAAAAUGUAAGGGUGUGUGAAUCUGUAAAUCCUAAGAAAUCAACAUUUUAUUUAUUCAAUGCAGCUUUCUUCUUUUUCUGACUGUCUACACCGCUCAGCAGUGCUGCUCUUAACGGGUUACUUUGUAGUCUUGUGUUGUAAAACAGAUUUUUGAUAGCUUUAAUAUUGUACUUGACUAAAACAUAUAUACUUUAAACAAAACAUGAUUUACCAAAAAAGAAAAAGGAAUACCUGCAGCCCUCUGAAGGAGGUAUUAAGUUGUUGAAAGUGUUUCUAAAGUUGUUGAGAUCAUAGUUUGAGUGUUUAGAUGCUAAACACAGUGUAACAAAGUGCUCACUGAAUUUUACAAAAUGCAUUAAAUUGUAGUUUUUUCCUUCCAGGUAGAUACCAAGUAUAAAUGCUAUCAGUUUUAAACUCUCACUGUUGACAGAGGAAUAACAAUGUUGCAUCAAGUACAUCGUGUCAAGGUCUUUCACUUUGUCUCACAUGUCCUUGUUUUACCUUGCAGUGUCCGCCACCGCCUUCUACAAGGCCCAGCCAGUCAUCCAGUUCAUGUGCGAAGUGCUGGACAUCCACAACAUAGACGAGCAGCCUCGCCCUCUCACAGACUCACACCGGGUCAAAUUCACCAAAGAAAUCAAAGGUAAUGACGGGUGUGCCAAGUGGACCUGGCAGGAUGCGAGGAAGAGAGUUAAAUGAGAUGAAUAAAGGUGCAUUAUGUGUGUGAGUGUUUGUGUGUUUGUGUGGGAGUUUGAGCAGGAGCAGGCCGUAGAGCACAUGUCGCAGCCAUUCACUCACAGACACGCACACUCUUAAUUCUUCUCCACUUUGUAUUAUUCACCAGGUUUGAAGGUGGAGGUGACGCACUGUGGAACCAUGCGGAGGAAGUACCGCGUCUGCAACGUGACCCGCCGGCCUGCCAGCCAUCAAACGUGAGUCAGCCUCCGGGGCGGGUGGGUGUGUGUGUGGGGGGGUGCCGGGGAGAGGGGGGGGGACAGGAGACUAAGGGUGGAGUGUGUGGAUGAGACGGGGGCGGGUAACAGGGACUGUGCAGGAUGCAAUCACCAGUUUACCACUAAACAAAACAAAUAAUUGUUGACUCAUCUGACAACCAUGCAAAGGAUAUUAGUCAUCUGUAAAUGCAGCGGCUGGUGUGUGCAGCUGCUGAGCUGCAGUGUUUGUCAACCAGUAUAGAUUACCUCUGUAUAUAAUCCCUUACAUACAGUUCACACCUGCAUACAGCCAACAGAAUAGAUGCUUCAUAUCUAUGGCAAUAUGUUAUGAUAUGAAGAUGAAACUGCAGACUCUUUCAUUUGUCACUAUGAUUUUAUAAAUAGAGGCCAACUGUGAUUCAAUUGAGUUUAUUUAGUAUGCACAGCUUAACUAGUUAGAUCCAAAACAUGAGCACUUCAACAGCUGACAUGCUAGUUUCCAGACAGAUAUAUGGUUCAUCAUUGAAUUUUUGCAUUAGAUCUCAUCUUAAUGGGUUAUUACCUGGUCCGAUAAAAAAAAAUUGGACUGCAUUUGUAAUUGAAAGUCAAUUAUUGUUUAUUUCAAUAUAUGAACCUGAAGUUUGGUUCUGAUUUCAAGUCAAAAAGAUGCUUAAAACUCACACCUUAUUUACAUGCUGGCCUUUCCUUUUUGCUUUUUCUAAGCAACUUGAAUCACAGUUUUUUGUAACAUGGUGGUGUACUGUAAACAAAUGAAGUAAACAGAUGCUAGGGCACAUUAAACCAGAUGUGGCUUUUAUUGAUCAAUGAAAAUGCAGCUUAAUCAACUCUAAUUGUUUGUUUUUUUACAGACGGAUUUAUUUGGAGUAUCACUUUAGCUCAGCAGUUAAAGAGUGCAGUGAGAAAGGAAACCAUCAGCACAAUAUCUUUUAAUUUCAAAAGCGCUGCGUAUAAGAUGUAAAGGAAACUCAGAACAAUAUCAAAGCCAAACAGUUAUUAACAGGAACACAAGUUAUUCAGUCCUUCCUCCCAAAGGCAAUUAACCAACAUUGGAAAAAAAACACCCAGACUUUGAACUCACUUCUGUUAAGUUCUUCUUUUUUUAUUAGUUAUUCAGUUUAAUCUAAAAUACAGAGAGGAAAACUGUUCAAAUAAAUCACUUUCUUUCAGUUCAGUUACUAAAAAGGAAAUGCAGAGGUGUGGGGAACCCCCUCAGUCAGUCGUGUCAUGAUUAGAGAGCAGCUGCUGUGAUAAACUAUGCAGACUGAGCUGAGAUUAUCCACACAUAGUAGAGGGAACUAAACUGAGUUAAAUUUAUCUGACCACCUUGACGUUUCAUAACCUGACCGUAGUUAGUGUAGCUUUCACAUCUUCAGUGUUUUACGGUACAAACACAAACUGCUAUAAGUCACCCCCCACAAUCCACCUCCUGUGUUUCAUGUCUCUUGUUGGCUCUCGUUUUCAAAAAUGCUAUUUUUCGAUGCUUUUUUCUUUUUAGGUUCCCCCUACAGCUGGAAAACGGUCAGACUGUAGAGCGUACUGUAGCCCACUACUUCAGGGAGAAGUACAACCUGCAGCUUAAAUACCCACAUUUGCCCUGUCUACAGGUGGGCCAGGAGCAAAAGCACACCUACCUGCCUCUUGAGGUGAGAGAGAACAUUGUGCUGCUUGUUCUCAGCGAAAUUCAAUUUGAACCUGCCAGCUUGUUUGAGGAAAUCUGCUGUGUAGACGGUCAUUGUGCAUGUGUGACUACUCUGUGCAGCUGCAGAGAAGUCUUAAGUAUGCCUUUUAAAGUCUUUAGCGGGCAGAAAAUGACCAAAAUGCUGUUUGUUUUCCCUGCAGGUGUGCAACAUUGUAGCUGGUCAAAGGUGCAUCAAGAAGCUGACAGAUAAUCAGACCUCCACUAUGAUCAAAGCCACAGCUCGCUCUGCACCUGACAGGCAGGAGGAGAUCAGCAGGCUGGUGAGUUUAAAAGGAGACAGCUGCUGAAUGAAAAUCUCCUCUGUUCCUCCGUAAACACCCCGAUUAAACGCUGAAAUGACACUGAGUGGCAUCUUUUGAAAUUUGAUGUAACACUUGUUCACUUUUAUGGCUGCCACACACACAUCUAGUAAGCAGAACAUCUUCUCAUGCUGUGCACUGACUGAAGCAUGCAUGGUUUAAAGACAUGAGGUCACAUUCAGAAACCUGACACUGCCUGAGCGGCGAACAAAGAUUUCCAGAAAGUCUACUUGGCCAUAGAAAUGCGCUGAGGUAAUAAAUUAAUGUCGAAUAUUUUAAGCGUUAGCUCUCGGGGAAUUUUAACACUUUACAUUUGAAAACCAUUCACUCAGUCAGGCAGCAGUGUUACGAAAUGCUUGUGUUGCUAGGCUUGUUUAUUCUUGUUGCCAUGCUGCUCAUCCUGCUAUCGAAUUGCUUGUUUUGUAAUCACCUCGCAGAGAUUCCUAUUCCACAUUGUUAGAGGAGGCAUGUCUUUGUGCUCAUGCAUCAUCUCUGGAAAUGAAAAGGCAGAUCUGACAGGCCUACUCGGGGUCAACAAAGUGUCAGAGAAGUAGUAUCCUUGUUUGUGUGUGAAGCUCUGCCUUACAUUGUUGAUGGAAAGACUGACAGCCGUGUCCUCAGCAGCCAUCAGAUUAGCAACGCACAUUUUAGUACCUGUUGUUACCUUAUUAAACCCCGUCUCUUUAUCUCUUCAGUCAGGAGCGAAAUAACUGGACUGGCUUCCAGGAAAUUAUUGUAGACAACACUGUGGUGGCGUUUUCAUUUAGAUGCAGUGUCGCUUCACACUGGCAGGCAAGUGUGGGCGGAAAAGACAAGGUUGAGAGACAGAAAAGCACAAAACAAGUAGAUAAGCAGUGUCUGUCAGAACUACAUAAUGAAUUCUGUAUUAAAUUUGGAUGUCGUGCCAGGUGGGCUGAUCACGCACUGUGUGCCUGCAGUCAUUUCAAAUUAAGGUGCUGGCACUGACACUUUGUUGGGAUGUCACUAAUGUGCAGCUUCCGUUCUUUGAUUCAACUUUGUCUCAUGGAAUAAUGUAAACAAAAUAGUUCAUGCAGAAGUGAAAUUGCAUGAAGUAAAACUGAUACAGGAGAGUGAGGACAGAGCGUCAGCAUCAGCAGCAUAUCUAAAACAGUGGUGGCCCGAGCCAAUAAAGAGCCCUCAGAACUGAUGCUGCAGUUGUUUGCCUCCCUCUUAGGAUAAACGAGAGCUGUCACAGUACACUAAUUUUGUCCUACUUUUGUGCAGUGGAGAGAAGAUGGUCUACACAAGUGUUUUUUUCCAGUCAGUAACUAUUAUUAGUCUUUUCUAACAUUUUUGUAAAGGGCUUCACUGUGUGGAGUCACAGCCAGCAAUUAGUUAACUUUUAACAGACGAGCAAAAUGAAAAUAAGCUCGUUUGGUUGUUCUCUAAACUCUGAAACAUAAAAGAGAUUCCUCAUAGUUGUAGAUAUGUUGGUGGUGAGUUUUUGUUUUCAUGUUAACCUAAGACAACAAGCUGCAGGCAUGAAGACUAAUGUAUCCAAACCUGUUGAUUUACCCCUCCAACCAAAACAAGCCACUGCGAGUCAUCGGGUCGGAGUAAUUAACCAAUGUUAUGAUCUUGGCGUGCUUCAUUAGCUUUCAGACGAAGCUGUCCUCAAACACCACACCCUGACUGAUCCGUGCAACCUCUUUUCCCCUUUCAGGUGCGCAGUGCCAACUACGAGGCCGACCCCUUCGUGCAGGAGUUCCAGUUCAAAGUGCGCGACGAGAUGGCCCACGUGACGGGGCGAGUGCUACCCGCCCCCAUGCUGCAAUACGGCGGCAGGGUGAGCACAGAGCACUUUAUGGUACCCUUCCUUUAAAUCACGCCCAUUCUCUCUGUUUGUCUGACACGCUCUCCCCUUCCUCAGCUGUUUUUUUUUCUACUACGUCUCAAAGGGGGAACUAACUCACUGGCUUCUGUUUGGUCUUCAUGGUGUUUGUCUGUUUGGCUUUUAUUGUGGUCAAGUCUCAAAACUGGAAAUUCUGAUUUUACCCUCAGAGUUUUUGGAAAAAAAUGAAACCAUGGAUGAUUUUGGCGACUCUGAAAUUUGACAAAGAUCAUGAAGCACCUGAACUUUGAUUAAAUGAUCCCUCAGUGUGAACCAAGAUGAGAUUCUUGUCUCAUAUGCUUGUUUUCAUUGAAGGAAAACUGAAUACCAGCUAAUUGAGACUGAACCACAGUGCUGAUUAACAACUGUUUUAUUUGAGGAGUCACACCUUUGUUUUAGUACACUUGGGUGUGUGUGUUACUGAAAAAUAUGACCUCAUUAUGCACAAUAUUUGCACAUAAUCACACUUCUUUGCGAUUACAGUUAAAGUUACCCUUGAUUAUAUUUCUCAUUUUCAUAUUUUGACUUUGAAUGUAAAGAUAAUCUGCAAAUGCAUGUUUCUUUUUUCAUCCUACAGUUAAAAUUUCUGUCUAUAAAUCAGUCUUUACGUCUGGAUGAAGAGGAUGAAGAGUGUGUGUGGACCCUUGUCGGUUCUCAGUUAGGGUGUGUGUGUGUGUGUGUGUGUUUGAAUGAGCAUCCGUGCCCUUUUGUGUUGAGUUUAAUUGUGAGCUUGUAUGAACAGUAUGAAAGUGACUGUAUGCUUACGCAACCAUGAGUACAUGUGGUGAGACUGUGAUGUUGUUUUAGAACCGCACGGUAGCCACGCCCAGCCACGGGGUGUGGGACAUGAGGGGGAAGCAGUUCCACACCGGGGUGGAGAUCAAGAUGUGGGCCAUCGCCUGCUUCGCCACACAGAGGCAGUGUCGAGAAGAAAUCCUCAAGUAUGAGUGUUUGCAGUUUAUUUGACCUCGCUUGUGUUAAAUGGGUUCAUAGCAGGAGCCGCUGUGCAUGCAGUAAUGAUGCUAGCAUGAGUAAGUUUCCUCUGAGUGUGAGUCAGACUAAACUAAAGUAAAGAGUUCUUCUGUGGUCCCCUCACAUGAUUAAAAAUGUACUCUGAAGCUGCAGCCUGCAGUGAGAUCAAUUUGUCCUACAUGGAAAUGUACUUACACGCUUGAAUUACUUUUUUUUUUAACUGCAGUUUAAUUAAAACAUGGUUACUCAUUUCAGUUUGACCGUGUAGAGUUAUUUUUUAAACAGCUCAUUGCACAGAGGGAACAACAGCUUGUUUUGCACAGUUUUGCAGUUAGUCAGGCUUCUUUAUCGCUAAGGUAAAAACAUUACAGCAGCACUAACAGAUGACCUGACUAUUAUAAUCUGCUUCCUCCUAAAUGUAGGAGUUUCACAGACCAGCUGCGUAAGAUUUCAAAGGAUGCUGGGAUGCCCAUCCAGGGCCAGCCAUGUUUCUGUAAAUACGCCCAGGGAGCGGACAGCGUGGAGCCCAUGUUUAGGCACCUGAAGAACACCUACGCCGGGCUGCAGCUCAUCAUCGUCAUUCUGCCAGGAAAGACUCCCGUCUACGGUCAGAAAACCGCUUCAAACUGAAUAUUAUAUUAGAGUCUAUAGAUACGCCUGUGGUUUCAACUGUGUGGAUGCACUAAUGCUAUUCUGGGACUGAGUGCUGGUGCAAUAUUCUCUUCUGCUCAGCUUCACAAAUGUAUGAAAUGAAAGAACCACUUUGAAGAGACUGCGCUUCAUGCUCUGCAAAAAAAAAAAAAACUUCCAUUUUAUUAAACUCUGAAUAUUUCAAAUGACAAUCCUCCAAAAUCCUAAAUCAGGAAGUGUUUCCAUGCAUGCUUUAUUCCUAACAUCAAGCGUAUCCGCCCAUAUAUCUAAUAUCUUCACCUAACCGUAAUCAUAUUUGACGUGCGCUUUUUAUUUACACACACAGCUGAGGUGAAGCGUGUGGGAGACACCCUCUUAGGCAUGGCCACACAGUGUGUUCAAGUGAAGAAUGUGGUGAAGACGUCGCCUCAGACCCUCUCCAACCUCUGCCUCAAGAUCAACGUGAAGCUGGGAGGCAUCAACAACAUCCUGGUGCCUCAUCAACGGUCAGUCAGAGGGACGCUGCAGCCAGAGUGUUAAAAUUUUAACCUUUUUUGGUGUAACUAUUCACAUCAUGCACUCUAGCUUGUGUGAUAUUUGAACAAGUUUAUGUAACUAAAAAAGGACAGUGCAGAAACAAACAUGGUGCUGAUGUCAGGACACAGUAUUUAUUUUGUCAUGUAACAGGAUAUGAUUGAAGAUAUCAUUAUCUUUCAUCAACAGGCCAUCAGUGUUUCAGCAGCCAGUCAUCUUCUUGGGAGCAGACGUUACACACCCCCCUGCUGGUGAUGGGAAGAAGCCUUCAAUUGCAGCAGUAGGUUACUUUACCUUAUUCAGGGUUUCUACUGGGUCUUAAAAGUCUUCAAAUGUCUAAAAUUCUCUCAAAACCUCAUAAAAUAUCUUACAAAUACAAAUUUGAAAGGUCUUAAAAAUAUAUUGAUGUUACUUACAAAUAAAGAUUUGAAGUUGGUUUAAAAUGUUCCGAUUUCUCUUCAUGUCUUUUGUACUUUUUGCCAGUAUGGAUGCAAAAUGGAUCUUAUAUUGUAUUCAUUAUGGUCUUUAAAAAGUCUUUGAUUUGAUUCGUUGAAACCUGCAGAAACCAUGUUUUUAAUUUAAAACAGCUUCACCUGAGGUUUACUGUUGAAUGACUUUUUCUUUUUAGUUUUUCUUUUCCUUCUCUUUCUUGAUCUCCAGCCAUGCUCGGAGUAAUAAUACCUUUACCCCUCUCCCUCUCCUCCAGGUGGUUGGCAGUAUGGACGCCCAUCCCAGCAGGUACUGUGCCACUGUGCGGGUCCAGAGACCCAGGCAGGAGGUCAUCCAGGACCUGGCCUCCAUGGUGCGGGAGCUGCUUAUCCAGUUCUACAAGUCGACCCGCUACAAGCCGACCCGGAUCAUUUUCUACAGGGACGGAGUUUCAGAAGGCCAGUUCAGACAGGUCAGCUCCAACCUCCUCUUAAAAAGGACUACUCAGAAACAGACAUGAUGGAUUUUGCUUAUACCUGUAUUCUUUAUUUUUUAUUCCUUAUUCUUUAUUGUCUGUAUUUUCUUCAGACCCCAUUAGAGUCUGAAGCUUUUACUGUUCAGGAUUAGCUGAAAGAACAGUAUUCCUAACUACAAUGGCACCAAUAUGAUGAUUGUUUUUCAGCAAAAUGAUUAACUGAUAAGAUCAUUCAGAGGAAAAUUACUAGUCUAAUUUCUUAAUGAAGAAGAAACAGUUUGGGGGAGACUUGAAGGAAAAAUGUCUGAUUACAGCUUCACAGACAGAAGACUCUUGCUGCAAUCUUACAUUUCAACCACUCUUAAGACUUAAAUUUGGUCUUCAGCAAAAUAUAAUCACAAUUUUUUACUUAUUGUGGCUAAAUGAUUGAUGUAAAAAAUGAAGACAAGAUAGUUUUUAAAAUACCCACAGAUAUUCAACAUCCUUCUUUCAGGAUGUUGAAUUGUGAAUAUAAAUCGCUGAAUCUCUCCUCCUCUCUUCCCCAGGUGCUGUAUUAUGAGCUGCUGGCCAUCCGUGAGGCCUGUAUAAGCCUGGAGAAGGAGUACCAGCCAGGCAUCACCUACAUUGUUGUGCAAAAACGCCACCACACACGCCUCUUCUGUGCCGACCGCAACGAGAGAGUGAGUCCCCCUUCGCAUACACACAAACGCAGAUAAAUGCGUGCUCGAUCUGACAGGGUGAUGGCUCCCAUUAAAGUCCGUACAGUCUGUUAUUUGUUUGUCCAUAUUCUUGUUUUAUGCUCCGAGCCGGCAUGUUAAGUACUCAAAAUGGCUCUUCUUAAUUACCUUUUGUUGUCAAUUGGGCCGUUCACCCUCCUAACCCCUGUAAUUACAUUCGAUUAAAGCAUUAGAGCCCAGUGCAGAACCCAGAGCUCUAGAGUGGCACUCAAGGCCCAGAGAGUAAGACUGGGCUAGUUAACAACCUUAUUUUCAGUGCAGUCACUUCCACCCAGAGCAUUAGGCUCUCUGGAGCAUUAGGCCUUUAAUUGGUUGAUUGGGAAGCACUUGGUAAAGCUAGGCUAGGUCAGUCCAUCAGCUAGAUCUUUUUUUUCCAUAAGUGUAGUUUUUGCUUGUCAUUAAGUGCUUUAAAGCUGUGUUUUUCUGCUGCUCUUUUCCAUCAUGUCUGCUCUCGUUGUUGUUGUUUUUUUUGCUUUAAAGUGAAAAAAUGGUACAAACAUUUGGGACUGAGUGACCUCAACUUUGCUCUUGUCAGGUUGGACGCAGUGGAAACAUUCCUGCUGGUACUACCGUGGAUACGGACAUCACACAUCCCUACGAGUUCGACUUUUACCUCUGCAGUCACGCUGGAAUACAGGUCAGAACAACCUCUUGUCUUUUCUACCCUUUUCAGGUGGAUUUCAUCAUAGUCUUCUCCCCUCAUUGGUAUCAUUGUGAGCCUCUGAAGACUGAUGCAGUGCUGUAAGAAGAUGGUAAACAAGAUGUGGAUGUAAAAAAAGGAAAUGCUUGUUUUUUUGUUUUUUCCUUUUCAUGUUUAUCUUAAGUUCGAUCUCUCCGGGAACUGCUGACUCGCCUCUGCGAAAAGUUUUAUAGAUCUUAAUGCAAUUUCAUGGGUUUGGUUCCAAAAGUAUCUCUUCCUGCCUAACAACUGAAAUGGGUACAUCUUAACUCUUCACAAGAUUUAAUUUAUUUAUUUGUUUGACAGAGGAUAGAUACAUAUAGUCUUAAUUUUUGCAGUUUUGUUUAACCUCUUAACAUGCUCGUCAAAUUUAAGCUAGGAUUCCAAAGUUACAUUAAAAACUUUAAAUUUCUUUACCCCCUCUAUCUCUCUCUCUCAUCAAGAAAAGCACAUCAAGACAGUUUUGUUAUGUCCAAAGUCAGAUGAUUGUGUUGAAGUCUUAAAGACACACCAGACAUUUCCUUUGAAAGUAUCUCUUCUGCCAUCGGGGGGUUUUGCAGACACACGGAUAAUUGUAUUAUUUGGAUACGUUUGACAAUAAACCCUUUUGCAGCUGUCAGAUAAAUCAUUUAUAUACAAAGUAAAAAGUAAAGGACCUAGAGUUGAACCUUGUGAAUUUUUUCAAUUUGUAAGUCUGGACGGAUGACUCGGUAACACACUGCUCUUUGUUCCCAAGAUAUGAUCUGAGCCAAGUCUCAAAAAAUUUAAUAUUUGCAGUUUAAUAGACGGCUGGACAUCAAGAAUCAGUGCCAGGAGCAACCAUUUAAUCUAAAAGUCAAACUAUUGGGCGAUGGAAAAAAACGCAACACAAGACUCUUGAAUCCUCCUGUCCUCCAGCUCCUACUUGAGACUAAAAGGUUUUUGGAGUAGGACUGCAGGGUUCUGCGAAAGCCCUUUCUCAGAGACAACAUCUUUUGAGCUGAAAACAUACAGGUUGCGUAUUUGGAGUGUAGCAGCAGUGUAGUUCAGCCCCGGUCAGCUGGGCUCAGUAUGGAGGAAACAACAUGCUCACAACAGGUUGUUUUGUCUUUCUGUGGUCGAUUUCCUCUAAUUUGGAUAUAAUUCAGUGACUGUUGAGCCUCUACUUUAAAUGAAAAAGCAACGUGAUUUUACCAUUUCCUUUUUCAAGUUUAUUCGUGUUUAAUAAAGUAAACUAUGUUCCUUUAUGUCGUGCUGUUACUUUCAGACAGAUUGAGGAGUUAAAGUCCUGUUCGCAUAUGGUGUUUUAUUUUGAAAUACCGGAUUACGUGCGCGGUUUUCACGCUUGACUCCCUGUCUGGAACGAUUUUCUCUAUGUGGAUUGACACAUGUUGGAAGCGUAGAGCACCAAAUUAGACUCAUUGCAUAUCUUUCGCAGUGCUGCUCUCGAUACAAUGCUGCGACGGAGCUGAUACGCGUCCUGUAUGUGAUGCUGCGUUGAUUAGAAUGGCGACCUAUUUGCUGCGUGAUACACAACGCUGCUGCCACGCCCCAAAUACACAUCCUGUAUGUUUUAGCCUUUAAUAUUCAGAAUGUUACUCCUCUUUCUAUCAAGAGGACACUGUAAUCAUUCUGUAUGUGAAACAUCUGCAUAGAAAUAUACAUUUUUUAAUUCAGUUAAAGUGCUUCUCUUUGUGUUUACCUCCUAAUGUGUCUCAUUUUUGACUCUUUUUAUGUGAUCUCCUGACAUUUCUGUUUUCUCUGUUUCUUUUUUACUCCUAGUUGAAAUAGCAGUCGCAUUUGUACCUUAAUUCUGGAUCUAAUAAUGAUAUAAAAGUGUAAUUUCAUUCCCCUCUCCAGGGCACCAGCCGGCCCUCCCACUACCAUGUUCUGUGGGACGACAAUUGUUUUACCGCUGACGAGUUCCAGCUGCUCACAUACCAGUUGUGCCACACCUACGUGCGCUGUACCCGCUCAGUCUCCAUCCCUGCGCCUGCCUACUACGCCCACCUGGUGGCCUUCCGUGCCCGCUACCAUCUGGUGGACAAAGAACACGACAGGUGAGGAGAGGAAACAAAGACGAUUUCUUUUUUUUUCAUUCCGGGUGAACAAGUCUCGAACUCACAGCAGCUGUCGUGUAUUACUUGAGAAACGUUUUUCACCAUGCAUGCUAUUGUUGUUGUUUACCAUCAGUCCUAACUGGUCCCCUCUCGUCCCCCUCUGUAGCGCCGAGGGCAGCCAUGUGUCUGGCCAGAGCAACGGUCGGGACCCCCAGGCACUGGCCAAAGCUGUUCAGAUCCACCACGACACCCUGAGGACCAUGUACUUCGCCUGAGCUCCACCAACCCUCUUGAAAACCAUUGCCACCUUGUUCACACACAAAAACACACAGACCUAACCGUGCACGCCUGGCCUGCCAGUCAAGAAGUCCUCAUAUGUGCAAGUCCCGCCCCCCCCUACAUGCCUAGUCAAUCCGGACCUGACACUGUGCAGAGGAGCGCAGGGAGGAGGGAGGGGAGGAGGCACCCCCACACUGGACUGAGGAUGCAAAAGCUGCUUGAAAAACAAACAAGAGAGAAACUCAGCACUAUUAUGCAAUAUUAAACCAGCCAACUAGUUCAUUUUCUCCCUUAUCAGGCCCCCUUCCCCUUCGGUUGCCCCACCUUCCUGUUUUUCCUCUGUUUUUGUGGCCUGUGGGUGUUUUUUUGUUGAUUAUCUCUCCUUUCUCCUUUGGCUCAGUCUCUCUUUCUAUCCUACCGAUCUGCUCCUUUCCUGUCUACAGUACCUCAAGUCAGUUAGAGCAGCAGCACUUUCACAUUCUGCCAGUUUAAGUGUCGUUUGUUGUCGACUCUCUCUCCCCCCUCGGUGUUUGAAAUGACGGUGCAGAGAUUGAAGAGAGUCAGAUUCUGGAGGUUUAAGUUAUGUUGGGUUUAUGUUGGAAUCUAAUGACUCCAUGUUGAAGAGGGUUGUCCCCCUGCCCCUCAGCUCCCACUUUGACUUUUCCCUUUUUCUUUUUCUCUUCUGUCAAGUUUCACUAGUGUGUGGAAUCACCAGUUUAUUUUGAGCACACUGCCACCUGUUGGCCACGAGGUAUAAAUGCCCCCCAAGUCACAACGACGAGUUGUUUACUUAUGAAUUUUCCAAUCACCUUAGCAGUCAGCUGCUACAUUUAACAAUGGCAGUUUUGGUAGCUGAUAUAUCCAUUGUUCUACAGUAUGUAUUUCAUUUUAAGUAUAACACUGUUAUUUAAUUGUUUUAUUUUGUUCUCCAUUAUGUGAAACAUUUUAUGACUUUUUUAAAUCACUUCAAUCAUGUAAGCCUUUUUUGUUUGUUUUUAUCUCUAAUUAGUCAGCAUGCUUUUAUUGCCCUCAGUGCUUUAUCUCAUUUCCCCUCUCUUUGAGUUGGAGAAGGCGUUUAAAUCGAGAUCACGUCGAUGGUUUCCUCUAGUGCAAUAAUCAGCCGAAACGAAGGGAAGAGGAUCGUAGGGGGACUUUAAAAGAACACUUACACGUUUCAUUUCAAAGUCCUCGCUCAAAGUUUGCCACUCGCCGGGAGCGUUCACGUAUCGCUCCUCUGUGGGGCGUUUGAUCGGCGCGUUUUACGAGUUUGCCCUUGCUGUUGGGCAAAAAGAAAAAAGGUGCAACUGCAGUUUUCGUGUUUUUUUUUUUUUUUUUACUUGAAUUGAAGGAUGUUAUGCACCUCUGUGGUUUGAGGCUACUUUUAUUACACGUGGGUGUAAUUUCAGAGUUUGUUAAUGUGGCUGAUUUUCUUAAUUCCCAAGACUUACAUAGCUUCUCAUCUGACUGCAGCAAAGUGGAGAAUAAGGCCAUAAAGAGGUAGUAUCAAGUGCCUGGUGGAGGUUUGGUGUCCGUUGGUCUGAAUUGACUAAUUUUGUCAGUGGGAUGAAAUCAGAUGAUCGAGUUUAUUCCAAUAAAUAGACAGCAUAAGAUGGUUAAAAGCAAGAAAGUUCACCUAAUGCCUCUUAUUCUUCUCAACAACCAUCUACUGACUUUUCUAUACAUCUCAUUGAAAUCAUACGAAGAUCGUCUAUUUAUUGUGUUUGCUUUUACAGCAGUGUUAGCUGUCCUAGUGGCUUUGCCAGGUCGUCUCUGCCUGACCUUUACCAGACAUGGAUACAGCUGCUACAGUGUGUUUGUACCUAUAAGGCCGGGGUCAUGGGUGUUGAAAUCAGCCUUUGUCAUAAAACUGAAUCUUUCAGUUAUCUCUUUGUCAGUGAAUCUCCUAAAUAUGAACGAGGUUUGAGUUUCAGCCCAUGCGACCAGCCAGGAGUCGGCUUCAGAACAAAGCUGAGGAGAUAAGUUAGUGACCGGUAUCUGAUAAUAUGAAAUGUGUAUUUGGAUUAUAGUCACUGCUUAGCUCCUCUGUGCUGCUGCUGAUGGCCUGAAGCCCGUCUGGGGGUUGUAUUUUCAAAGUUAUCUGCACUAAAAGAAGCUGUGUUUGGGGACUGAACACAGGCGUGGUGCUACUCUGUCUAAAGCUGAACCUUUAUGUGAGACUCUAGAUGAGCAGGUGUGGAGGGAGAGGAAAGAAAAACAGUUAACCUCACUCACUUAAGGACAGGAAAAGGUGCUGUAGUCGGAGCGGGGUGUGCUCUAGGAUUAAGGAAACUUUGAGGUUAAGGUAGUGCUGAUCACGAUGGAGAACCUGUAAACGGUACACUCGUGGAGGUUCCCUCAGAACUGAAGGGUCCUGCAUCCACUGUUGCAUUCGACUGCCUUUCCUUGGCCAGUGGGUUUGAGCCUUCAUUAUUUCACUAAUGUCUGAAAGCCUUUAUAAAAAGCCAGAUUGAAAGUAUAUUUGUACAUUUUAAAUUAUGUAAUGCACACCACUUAUUUUUGCUAACAGAAAAAAAUGUAGUCUAAAAACUAUUAAUCUUAGUAACAAUGUAUCCUGACGAGUAACGGUUAAAAAAGAAAAAAAGAUCUAGUUACAAAGUUUUAUUAUCGCAAUAGACUGUUGAAGUGUUCCUGUGUCACUUUCGUGUAUGUGUGAACAGUGGUGGGGUUGUUGUGUUUGGACUGUAAAACUGUUAUUGAUCGGGAUGUGGACUUAAACUGCCUCGUGCUUUGAUGUUCGGAUACAAAAAAAAAAAACUGCAAGAUGUUGAAUGAUCUUUUCUCUGCUUUUUUUUUUUUUUUGGUAGGCAUUCAAACUGGAGGUUUGUCAUUGACGAGAAAUUUUCGGGGAGAAAAAAAAAUCGCACAGCAGACGGUUUUUGUAUUAAGAAAUUACAUCCCUUUUUUUUUGCGGCGGUAAUAGCAGAAGAAUCGGUGAUGUUUUCUGCUCCUGAAUGUUCCCGUCAUUUGGUGCUGAUGCUCGCUCCUUAUCAUGACUGAAGAGGAAAAAGGGGAGUUUAUUUGAAAGUGUUGUCAAGUCACCUUAAGGACACAUGGUCAAGCUAUGUUGUAGUAGUUCUCCAUUGCUUUCCUUUUGUGUUAAAUCCUCCAGGGGAUUUGCGCUGGAUUGCAACCUCUGUUGCCUUCCUCGGAGUCCGAGUCACUUUAUGUGCCCGCAAACACAAAGAGUCAGCCUCUCGGUAAAUCUGCGGUGUGACAAAGCCUGUAAUCUUAUUGUUGCUCUCUUUUCCUCUUUCUCUCCCAAACAUUUUACUCCCAGUGUACCAGAGGAGUACAUUCCACGGCUGUACAAUCCCAUCCGAUCCCCUUCUGGGAGGCGAAAGACGAAUAAAAGCUGCGGGACGAGUUGAUUCAGUCAAUUGAGGGUGUGUGGUUUUAGACCGAAUCAAAGCUGACGGAUGAUGAGCUUAUGUGGCAGGUUGCGUUGGAAGUCUGAGGGUCGAUCCGAAGAAUUUGAAUCACUUUCUAACUCACUCUCUCUGCUGUCUGUGAUAGAUUUAGUAUGUGUAUGAUCUACACUCUCGGGGGCAGUUAAACACAUGUUUACAUAGCAGAUGUGUUUGCCUCGAUCGCAGCUGAAAUGUCAUCAGCUCUGCUUUGCAAAUCUUAGCUUGUAGUGAUGUGACCUAACACGGGGAAGACCAUUCAGGGCCUGAGGAAGUGAGCGCGCCAAGGAAUACAAAGGCAUAAUUGAUAGGGUCAGUUUUUCACUCAUCGGACAUCUUUGUUACACAGUGAGGGAAUAGGUUUGUUUGUUUUUUUUCCGUUCUAUUAAAAUGACUUGGCAUAAAAUGAAAGGACACACACAGCUCGCAGCUAGCUUUGGCCUUUUACUCUCGAUUAGGAUAACAGUAUGGACAAGUCUUUUUUACAGAAGCAGGAGAAACAAACAUAUCAGCAAAGUGACAGAGUCUGGUGAAGAAAAAUCGCCAAAUUAAAUCCGAAAGGUCAGUGUCUCGCCUUCGAAUGAGUUAAGGUGUAUUCCAUUUUGAGUAACCGAUCAAUAAAUCCCAGAUUUUUUGUUGCAGUGGAAAGUAGCAAAGGAGUGAGAAAAAGUCCACAGAAAGUGCCUUUCCUCUUGAUGGUGCUGUAAACUGAAAGAUAACGGUGAAAAAUCAAAGAGUCAGAAUGUCCUUUUCAAGAAGACGUUGCAGUGCAAGAACAGCUGCAUUCACACACACGCACUGUACAUGUUUGUUUUUUAGAGACGGCGAUGCAAACUCGUGUUUUAUGUUUUUAGAUACAAAGCCUACGUAGAAAAAGAAUAAAAAAGCCAAGUAUCUGGUUGUGGUUGAGCUUUUCGCUUCAUAGUGCAUUUAGCGUCUUGGACCAAUGGUGUCGUUGGUACAGUGCGAUAGGGUGGGCGGUUUUAGCAGUUUGGGCGGGGUCGGGUGUAGGCGGCACUAGCGUGGUUUUGACACGACGGCCCAGCCCGCGAAUGACAAACAUAGCACAGCACUUUAGAGACUGCCACUCUCACUCAGACACAUAGCCAAGAGGUUUUCCUCCGCUCCCCUCCUUCCUCCUCCCUUGAACUAGAAGGCGGAGAGGAUCAAAACCUCAGAGUCGAAGUCGAAGGGAGGUGGGUGUUACCAAACAGAAGCAGUUGGAUGUCAAAGUGUGCCUCAUGACUCUUAGUGGCUCGGUUGCCUUUUGGUGGAAGUUUCUCUGUCGGAAACACCACCAGACGUUUCUUACAGCUGGGGCUGGGCGUCAGAAACUAAGAUUAAAGGUCCUUACACACCGGGACCGUUUUUAUCGUGCAAUUAUUUCAGACGUGAAAAUGUUUUCUGAAACCUGUAUCCUGUCAAUACAAGCGUUCACAUCAGCGACGUUUUCCCGUCCUGCGAUAUUGCGGCAUUUAUUUUUUCAGAUCACAGUAGAUUUUUUAAAGUUUUGCAUACUGAGUGUCCACUUCUGACCAAUCAGAUGUCGUGUUGUUGCGUCGUCUGAUUCACCGGUAUAUCCAACAUGGCCGACCGGCUGAUUGUUUACGUGUCGGAGAACAGAGUGCUUUUUGAUUAAAGACACAAAUAUUACAAAGAUAAUGACCUGAAGGAUAGUUUGUGUGCUUUAACAGUUUGCUAAACGUCUUUGUUUUAACUUUCAUCUGUGCUAAGUAACUUUAGCUCGUAAGCUAACCUGUUCAGAUACAACAUACCAUAUGUAUUUUCACUGUCUCAAACUUAAAUCGCA